AUGUCCACCAAAGUGUUCUUAACCGGAAUCACCGGGUACAUCGGCGGGGAUGCUUUCUACUACAUCCAACAGAACCAUCACGACAUUGAAUUCUCAGCCUUAAUCCGGACUGAAGAUAAGGCCCGGAAGGUACAGGACCAGUAUCCGAGUGUACGGGUGGUCAUCGGCGAGCUGGAUGAUUCCGACAAGCUUACAAAGGAAGCCGCCUGGGCAGAUGUUGUGAUUCACACCGCAGAUGCUUCCGACCAUGCUGGUGCCGCCAAUGCGAUUUCCAAAGGACUGAUCGAGGGCCACAGUCCUGAACGGCCCGGGUACUGGCUGCACACUGGCGGUACCGGUAUCCUGACGUACUUUGAUUCAGACGUGCGCAAGGUAGCUGGCGAACAUGAUGACAAGGUAUUCAAUGACUGGGAUAAGGUGCACGAAUUGGUCAAUCUUCCUGCAGCUGCAUUCCAUCGCAACGUGGACGAGAUUGUCCUGAAGGCUGGCACCGAGCAUGCAGACCGCGUCAAGACCGCUAUUGUGUGUCCUCCGACUAUAUAUGGGCGUGGCCGUGGUCCUAUCUCGGGUCGUGGUCGUCAGGUGUACGAGUUGACUUCGUUCAUUCUGAAGGAGAAGUAUAGCCCGCAGAUUGGAAAGGGAUUGGCCCGAUGGAAUAACGUGCAUGUGCAUGAUCUGAGCACGCUCUUCGAUGCCCUGUUACGGGCGGCCGUUGAUCCUGCGAGAACGGACGAUGGUGAGAUAUGGGGUGCCAAGGGCUACUUUCUGUGUGAGAAUGGCGAGCACGUAUGGGGGGAUGUAUCUCGGUUGAUUGGUCAACAAUGCUUCAAGUCUGGCUAUUUUGCAGAGGAACCACGUUCUCAGGCUUUUUCUCUUGACGAGGCUGUGAAAUCGCCUGCUGGCUUUGAGGCUGCGAGCUGGGGCUGGAAUUCAAGAGGCAAGGCCCUGCGAGGAAACAAGGUGCUAGGCUGGAAGGCGCAGGAACGGAGUCUUGAGGAUGAGGUACCUGAAAUAAUUCGCUCUGAAGCUGCCAGACUGGGUCUGUGA